GGGGGGAGGCGGCGCUACAAGCUGGCCUGGGGCUGAGCGAGCUUACGAAGUCACCGUGUCACCGCGGCGGCACUCGCCGCGCCCGCCUCAUUGCUGCUGCUUAGGGGAAAGGGGGGGAGGGAAACUGCCGCCGCCGCCGCUUCUCUUUACCCGGAAAGGCCCUCUCCGCUCUGCUACCGCCACCAUCGCCAACCUUCGCCGCCUCCUCCACCGGAACCGAGUCUCCUCCCUCCCUCCCUACACACACAGACACACACACAGGCGCGCGCGCUCUCUCGCUCGCUCCCCAGCGAGCCCUCCCGAGCCGUGCACACCACCAAGAGGGGCGACUUGGGGACGGGGGGGAGGGAAGCCCAGGCUAGGCCAAGACGGGCCGGGCCGGGCCGAAGCUGCAGAGCGGGCGCCGAGCAGCCGAGAGCCGGGGGGUGGGUGGGAGGGGGGAACUGGAGCCCGGGACGGGCCUGGGCUGGGCCGGGACAGGCCGCUGCCGCCGUCUUCUCCUCUGAACUAGGAUGUCCCGACAUGAAGGUGUCAGCUGCGAUGCAUGUUUAAAAGGCAAUUUCCGAGGUCGCAGAUACAAGUGUUUAAUUUGCUACGAUUACGAUCUGUGUGCAUCUUGUUAUGAAAGUGGUGCAACGACGACAAGGCAUACAACUGACCAUCCAAUGCAGUGCAUACUAACAAGGGUAGAUUUUGAUUUGUACUAUGGUGGAGAAGCUUUCUCUGUAGAGCAGCCACAGUCUUUUACUUGUCCAUAUUGUGGAAAAAUGGGUUAUACGGAAACAUCUCUUCAAGAACAUGUUACUUCAGAACAUGCAGAAACAUCAACAGAAGUGGUCUGUCCGAAUCUAAAUUUGUCCAUAUGUGCAGCAUUACCUGGAGGAGAUCCCAAUCACGUAACAGAUGACUUUGCCGCUCAUCUUACACUGGAACACAGAGCUCCUAGAGAUUUAGAUGAAUCCAGCGGUGUUCGGCAUGUACGUAGAAUGUUUCAUCCAGGUCGAGGAUUGGGUGGCCCCCGCGCACGUAGAUCAAACAUGCACUUUACUAGCAGUUCCACUGGUGGAUUUUCAUCAUCACAGAGUUCGUAUUCUCCAAGCAAUAGAGAAGCCAUGGAUCCUAUAGCUGAGCUUUUAUCUCAGUUAUCUGGUGUAAGGCGUUCUGCAGGGGGACAGCUCAAUUCCUCUGGUCCUUCGGCGUCUCAGUUACAACAGUUGCAGAUGCAGCUGCAAUUAGAAAGACAACAUGCACAGGCAGCAAGGCAACAACUGGAGACUGCACGCAAUGCAACGAGGCGUACGAAUACGAGUGGUGUCACCACCACUGUUACACAAUCUACAGCAACAACCAACACAUCUAAUGCAGAAAAUAAUCAGCAGGCUAUCCAGAACUCUCAAUUUCUCCUUACCAGGUUGAAUGAUCCCAAGAUGUCUGAAGUAGAGCGUCAGUCAAUGGAGAGUGAGCGGGCUGAUCGCAGCCUGUUUGUUCAAGAGCUUCUAUUGUCCACUUUGAUGCGGGAAGAAAGCUCAUCCUCUGAUGAGGAUGAACGUGGGGAAUUUGCCGAUUUUGGUGCUAUGGGCUGUGUAGAUAUUAUGCCUUUAGAUGUUGCUUUAGAAAAUCUAAAUUUAAAAGAGAGUAAUAAAGGAAAUGAGCCUCCUCCACCUCCUCUUUGAUGACAUCCCACUUCGCAGACAAUGUCCUCUGUGCUGUAUUUGCCAAUGAAAGUGGACAACAACUAUCUUGGGUUUGUUUUGGUGAUUGUAAUUUCAGGUCUGUCACUCUUGUUACAUUGUGUACAUUCAAAGGAAGAGAGAAAAAGAUAUAUAUGAUAAUCAUUUCCACUUAAAAUAAUUUUUACUUCUAGCAGGUAAAUGUAGGUUUCAGUGCAGAGGGGAAUCCUCUGUGCUCUGUACUUUUGACAUGCAAAAGGCUCUCCUAAUACUCCACAUUCAAACUGAAGAGGAAAAAAAAAGAAAUUCUAAUGAAGCUGCUGUGUGUAUUUAUGAAUAUUAAUGAAUAAAAACUGCUUGGAUGGUUUACCUUUACUGCAUGAGGUUUUUUGCAGCGUGCAUGAGUUUUAGUGACCUUGUCAUUUAAAAAAACACUUUUAAAUACAAGGAAUAAAACUACAAACAACUCCCUCUCCCAAAGCUUUCCUAUUAUUCAAAGGUUACAAGACGAAGACGUUAGUGCUCAUUUAGUGACGUGUGACCAUCAAGUAGCUUUUGAAUAAUGUAUAUGGGAACCACCCUUUUUUCGUGUGCUGUUGGCACAUCACGCAAGCUCUGCAGUGGGACCGCUUGUUGUUUUUCAGGGUGUGGCAUUUUGCUCAGUGUGUCUUUUAAUGUUGCCCACUUUAACCAUCAAACUUAACGUAUGGAAUAAAUCAGCCUGGUUUUUAUGCAUCACCGGGAA